GACAAAUGCAUUAUCAGUUUCAAUAAUCAACCAUUUGCUUUUACUUCAAACAAUCGUGACCAGCAAAGCUCCUGUGACAUAAUUCAAGAAGAUCUGACAUAAAUGAGUUACAAUUCAACAUGUAUUCAACCAUCUACGAUCUCCUCUGUGGCUUUACCAAUCAUUUACACCUUCCUUUGUAUUGUUGGUCUCUUUGGAAACUCACUCUCUCAAUGGGUGUUUUUAACAAAAAUAGGUAAGAAAACCUCAACACAUAUCUACCUGGCACAUCUUGUGACUGCAAAUUUACUUGUGUGCGGUGCUAUGCCAUUCAUGGGCAUCUAUUUCCUGAAAGGUUUCCAAUGGGAAUAUCAAUCUGCACAAUGCAGAGUGGUCAAUUUUCUGGGAACUUUGUCUAUGCAUGUAAGUAUGUUUGUCAGCCUCUUAAUUUUAAGUUGGAUUGCCAUAAGUCGCUAUGCUACCUUAAUGAAAAAGGAUUCCAUGCAGGAGACCACUUCGUGCUAUGAGAAAAUAUUUUAUGGCCAUUUACUGAAAAAAUUUCGUCAGCCCACCUUUGCUAGAAAACUAUGUGUUUACAUAUGGGGACUUGUACUGGGCAUAAUUAUUCCAGUUACUAUAUACUACUCAGUCGUAGAGGCAACGGAAGGAGAAGAAAAACUGUGCUAUAACCAGCGGAUGGAAGUAGGAGCCAUGACCUCUCAGACCGCAGGCCUUAUUGGGAGCACAUUUAUUGCAUUUUCAUUUUUAGUAGUGGUAACAUCAUACUACUCUUUUGUCAGCCAUCUGAGAAAAAUUAGGACUUGUACAUCCAUUACGGAGAAAGAUGUGACUUACAGUUCUGUGAAAAGACAUCUUUUGGUCAUCCAGAUUCUACUCAUUGUAUGCCCAUCUUUAUCAUAUUUUGUGUACUUUCCUCUGUAUUCAAUAUUAAUAAUGCUGUUGUUAAUGGCUAAUGGUACUUGGCAUGUAGAUAUGUUAAUUUUUGUGCCACGAAUGAACAAAUGAUAAAGCAAUGUAACAGUACUGUAGUUAAGAUACUGGUAUUUGAACUCAGACUCCUGGGGAUCAGUCCUGGCUCCACCUCUUACGUGUAGGCAAAUCAUUUCUCCUUUUAAAGUGUUGACUUCUUCAUUUGUAGAACAGAAAAUUCUGCUUCACUCAUAGGUACCAUUCUUAAAUCAGAUGAUGCUACUACUCCGAGUAGCUAUCACUUAGUGAAUGCAUGUGCCAGGCACUCCGCUUGUAUGCUCUAUUACUAUAACCCUCACGACCCUAAAGGAUGCCAAUUUUAGUUAGGAGUGUUGCCCAAAUGUUCCCCAAUUCUUAAGUAGAUAU